GGAUACGAGCGGGAUCCAGGGAUACGAGCGGGAUCCCCCGGGAACCGGGCACCGCCUCAUGGGUCCAAAAUCGAAAAAAAAGCCCGGUGGCAAAAAAGCUGAAAAGAAAGAAGAGGAAGGGAAGCUGAAUGAGGGAGUUAACAACAAAAUCACUUGUCUGGUUUGGUGAAGCAAAAUAUAGUUAUGCUCUUGAUCUAUUUCCCAAUCUUCAGAUGAAGCUGAACGAGAAGAAGCAGCAAGACUUGAGAGGGAGAGACUCCAGCAAGAGCACAUGGCAAGGCUGGAGGCAAAGUACCAAGAACAAAAGGAGUCUGAACUAGCAGAACUUAAUUCACUGGAACAGAAGUUUCUGUCUGCACAGCAGUGGAAAAUGGGUUACAGAGAACACGAAAAGUGGGAGCAUUACCUCAGCUGUGAUGGAAUUCCUGACCCAACUGUACCCCAGGAAAUCAACACCUUCAUGAGCUUGUGGCGUGAAGAGCAAGAUGAGGACGUUCAGCUUGUGAUGGAGAAGGGGGAACAAGUGCUAAAUUUAAUUGAGAAGUUGCAGCUCCUUUUAAUGGACACCCCACCCAGUGAGGCGACAGCAAAAGAAGCAGUCCAGUACCAGGAAUCUAUUGUGGAACUGCAGAAUCUGCUUCAUCAGAAGUACAAUGAAGCUACACAGCACCUGCUGAAGACAGCUAGUAUGUAUGAAGAUUCUGAAACUGGAAAUAUGCAGGCAGUCAUAAAGGAUAAAAAUGUUACUUUCUGUGUUUGGGUCAAUCUGAAGAAGAAAGUAAGGUUCAAAACUCACGUGUUCAGUGAUGCCCAGCACGGCUUUGAUGUUCCCAAGUCCCUGGUUCUGAACAGCGCCGCCGUUCGCAUUUUGCACACCCGUUACGACCACGUGUCCCCACUGUGGCUGCAGUGUCGAGGUCUGCCAGACCUGGAAGCCUUGGAGAGCAAAGAACUGGCUGAGCAUCCAAAGGACAAUGCAGAAGAACCAGGAGAGGAGGAAAAGAAAGCCAGAGAAGAACUCAGCGUGCCUGCUGAAGAAGAAACGUGCCCUGCUGGGAGAAAGAAGAGUGUUGUCUCAUUGAAAGAAACCAGCAAUAACACAGAGGAUGUAAAUGAGACAGAGGAGGAAACCGAGAAGAAAUCAGAAAACUUGGACAGAUCAUCACAAGAAGGGGACCCACUGGUUCAGGAAGAACCAGGAGACAAAGAAGAGGCGGCAGCAGCUGCAGAGUGGGUGGAUUUGCAGCGGUUCGUGCCGUUGGGUGGUGUGUUCCACAUCGAUGCCCUGCGGCUCCCGCCUCAGGUGGUGGAAGUCAAUGACUGGACCAUGGUGGAGUUAGUUGAUGCUGGAUUGGAGGUGUAUCCCUAUUCCCCCGAGGAGGCUGAGGAUGCCACAGAAUCAAUAAUCCAAAUAACCCUCAGGCUGCCUGACAAUGUGGUGUAUUUUGACAGUCCUGUGGUUGCCCGAUGGGAUCCUGAAGCCCAGCAGUGGAGAACUGAUGGCAUCAGCAAGCUAAAGUAUGAAGCACAAGAAAAGAGCAUCACCUUUCAGAUGGGUGGCUUUUAUACAGUAGCACUUCUCCAGGAUGCUCAUCUCAACAUGCCAUAUAAAGCAUGGGAAUUACAACCUACUGGGGUGGAUGAAGCUCUCCUGGUAGUUACUACCUGCUUGGCAACAAUUCAGAUACAAAUUAAGGGUAAUCAGUGUAUGUUGUCUUCAGUAGUGGUGGAGGAGGAGGAUGUGCUUUCCAACAUCUCAGGAAAAUGGAUGAGUCCCCUUGCCCUCCGAGCAGCUCUGAGAAGAGCUGGUGUGAACAUUUUCCCAGGGGACUGUUCCCACACCUAUGUCCCUGUGACCAGGAAGGCUGCCCUGGCAGAAGUUAAGGCCUGUCAACAGCUGGCUCUGGUGGCAUCUGCAUUUGCUUUUGCAUCGAGCAGGUGGAACAGAGCAGCAGGUCCAGAGCACGUGGUGUUCAAGGUAAGGGAGCAUCUUGAAGCAGAUUCUGUCCAAGACAACAACUGGUCUCUUUACAUGUUUAACGGCCAGAAAGCACAGAAGCUCAAAAUCACGGAAACCAGUGAAGCUUUUUCAGAAGAGAUAGAAGAAGAUUCUAAACUUCACUCCACACUCUACCAUCUGCUUAAGGAUGUUGCCAGCAAAGCAGCAAUGGACAAAGUGGAAGGAGCCAGCUGCCUGUUCGUUGAUGUUGUGUAUCAGCUACUCCUUGCUACAAGGGUUUUAACAUACUCUUAAAUACUGUACGUUUUCUUUUAAAACUUUAUUAUCAAAAGUUCUCAGUAAAGUUACAUUUCAAGUCUAGAA